AUGGAUCAUCAUGGUGAAUUUGACAGCGUUUCAUGGCAACGAGAAGAUACACCCGAGGGGGAGUCAUCGAGUCCCUUCCAUGGUACCUUGCCAGACAGAUCUGCGAAGGGGCCGAGAAGCGACAGCAUGUCCAGCGAACCACAAGCUGGUGAACACGCCGACAACGUCGACCUUGGCGGCAUAGGUCGCGACGGUAUCUUGGAAGUUACUGUCGAUACCCCACUCAAAGAGAAUGAUGGCACAAAAGAUGCAUACGUUUCUUAUCUGGUCACCACUCAUACAGACUUCAAGUCCUUUCAGAGAGCUGAUUUCGCUGUUCGGCGACGGUUCACCGACUUUGUCUUCCUCCGUCAGUCCUUGCACCGAGAUUAUCAAGCCUGCGCGAUCCCUCCCUUACCCGAGAAGAACAACAUGGCCUACGUUCGAGGAGAUCGCUUUAGCACGGAAUUCACCCAACGACGGGCAUGGUCGCUACAUCGCUUCCUCAAAAGGUGCACCCUACACCCCGUAUUACGGAGAGCUCCUAUAUUACUUUUGUUCCUCGAAACAGGAGACUGGAACGCACAAAUGCGACUGAGACCGUCACGAAGCAAUACGCUGGGCGAAGGCAGCGCAAGUAAUCCAUCCACUCCAUCAGGGUUCUUCGAUAACGUCGCAGACACCAUGUUAAACGCCUUCUCCAAAGUCCACAAACCCGACAAACGGUUUAUUGAAGUGACGGAACGGGCCAACAAACUGGACGAAGACUUGUCACACGUCGAAAAAAUCAUUGCUCGCGUCUCCCGGAGAGAAGGGGAUCUUGAAGCCGACUACGCCGACCUUGCCAACAAUAUGCGCAAACUCACCCCUCUAGAACCCGCAAUUGAGGCUCCACUGCAAACCUUCGCCGGCUGCGUGGAAGAAACGUCGAGGGGGUGGAAACAACUAAAAGACCACACCGACCAGAACUACCUGGGAAGUCUCAGAGAUAUGGAAGCAUACAUCAAUUCCGUCAAGUCGCUCCUGAAAACGCGCGAACAGAAACAACUCGAUUUCGAAGGACUCACUGAAUACUUACAAAAGGCAACUUCAGAACGCGACCUGUUAGCCUCGAACAACCCGUACUCGCAUGGCAGCAACCUGAACCCGGCUACCUUUAUCCGCAACAAAGUCGAAGACAUGCGAGGGGUUGACCACGAAACCGCCCGCCGCGAACGCGCCCGUAAAUUAGAACUCAAAAUUGCAGAGCUCAACCGAGAAGUUGACAGCGCAAAAUCCACGAGCGAAAUGUUUGACGAGCAGGUGGUCCGCGAGGUCGCGGAUUUCGAAAGGAUCAAAGGAGUAGAGUUUCGGGACAGCUUGGGAGCGUUGGCGACCCAGCACAUGGAGUUUUAUCAAAAUGUCAUUUCGACAUGGGAAAGGUUUCUAGUUGAUAUGGAUGCUGACAAGCAUAUACACAAGGACAAGGGAAGGGCUGCUGCAUAA